CUUCAAAAAAAAAUGGAGUUUUCCGGCGACAAUAACAGUGGCACACAUGUUCUCCUCUUCCCGUUCCCUACUUCCGGUCACAUCAUCCCCCUCCUUGAUCUAGCCAAUCACCUCAUAAAUCACAGCCUAAAACUAACAAUUCUAGUCACACCUCUCGUUCUACCAUUAAUUGAACCAAUCCAAGAAAUUCACCCUUCAGAUUCCAUUCAAACACUUGUCCUUUCAGUUCCUGAAACCCCUCCUGGAUCCAAUUUUGCUACAAGGGUUCGUGCGACUUCUAAACUUUAUGAUCCGAUUAUCGAUUGGUUCCAUACACAUCCAUCUCCUCCUGUAGCCAUUAUCUCCGAUUUCUUCCUUGGUUGGACACUUCAACUGGCAUGCCGACUAGGUGUUCGACGUAUUGCCUUUUGGCCGUCUGGAGCUUUUACUUGCUUAGUUAUGAGUUACACAUGGAGCAAUGUUGAAGAAAUCUUCUCAAAAUCUGAUGAAAAUACUUUGGUUACUUUCAAUAAUAUUCCGAAUACGCCGGAAUAUCCUCGCCUUCAAGUGUGUACGUUGAGCAGUCAGUAUAAAAAAGGAGACUCAGAUUGGGAAUUUUUAAGGGACGGUUUGUUAGACAAUGUUAAAAGUUGGGGUACUCUAUUCAACACUUGUAGAGAAAUUGAGGGUCUUUAUAUUGAUCAGGUAAAGAAAGAAAUGGGCCAUGAUAGGGUUUGGGCUGUUGGGCCUUUGUUAAAUGUAGUAGGCCCAUGUUAUUCUCAACGUGGCGGGUUGAGCGCGAUGCCACACGAUGAAGUGAUGACGUGGUUAGACGACAAGGUUGAUGACUCGGUCGUUUACGUGUGCUUUGGGAGUCGCUCGAUAUUGACACGACAACAGACGGCUGCCCUGGCGACAUCCUUGGAACGUAGUGGGGUGAAUUUCGUCUGGUGCUUGAGAAUUCAAAAAGUGAUGGACGACAAUGAGGAGGAGGAGGAUGAUCCAAUCACCAAAGAAUAUGAAAAUCGAAUAGCUAAUAGAGGGUUGAUAAUCAAAGGUUGGGCUCCACAACUUGCUAUACUAAAACAUCGAGCCGUGGGAAUUUUCCUGACUCAUUGUGGAUGGAAUUCAAUACUAGAAGGCAUAUCCUCUAAAGUGCUCAUGCUAACAUGGCCUAUGGGUGCAGACCAAUUUAUAGGUGAAGAAUUGUUAGUUAACGAACUAAAAGUGGGAAUAAAGGCAUGUGAAGGUGGUAGUCAAGUAGAGUUGACUCAAAUCUUAUGUGAUUCAAUUGGUGGAGCUCGUUCACAAAAAGAGCGAAUGAGAAAACUCCAUGAUGGUGUCGCAAAGGCGGUUCAAGAGGGAGGGAGCUCCAGUCAAGAUUUUCAUGUAUUUGUCAAGCAACUAUGUCAACUUCCAAGUAAGAAACCAAGUAUAUGUAAUAAGGGUGGGCCUAAAUAGUGGGUAAAUUUUCAUGCAUUUUGCUUAUGUAUUAAAUGAUUUCUCACUUUAAUUAUUUUUUAUUUGAA